AACAAUUGCAUAUAGAAACAAGCGGAACAAACCAGGGGAGGGACUGAUUUCUCUCUGAUAUUGUAAAGGAGUAUUGGGCCACUUAUGGAAGGAACUUCUUUUUUAGUAUGACUAUGUGGAAUGUGAUUCUGCUGGAGCCAAUAAAAUGAUAGGGUAUCUUAAGGAUUUAGUUUCAAAGAGCAAGAUUGGCAAAGAAUAUGAUUUGUUUGUAGGAAAUUAUGCUCUUCAGUAUGUUGAUGACUUCACCUAUACUGAUCCUACAAGUGUUCAGGUGGGUGGAAGUGUGGCAUCCAAGCUAGGUCUUCGGUUUGUUUUUGCUGAUGGAUCGACAAUCAUACUUCGUUUAUUGGGAACUGGCAUUGAACAGUUUGAGCCAGAUGAUUCUAAACAUGAAGGGCAUGCUCAUAUUGCACUGAAACCAUCGAUAGAUCUGGCGCUGUCUGUUUCAAAGCUAAAGACUUCACGGGCAGGGAGAAACCUACAGUCAUCACAUAGACUUGAGUUUCCAAUUGUUAUUCUCAUGUCAAGGACCCCUCACUAGUAGUACUUUGUAGCAG